GCUCUGCACCCGGCCGGGAGCGCGCAUCGCGGCGGCAGCGGGCCCGCGGGUGGGCGGGCCUGGCUCUGCCCAAGCCUCGCCUCUGGCCUCUGCAGUCAGAGCCCCCGAGGUGGGCACUGCGUCGCGGCUGGGUCUCCAGGUUGCCGCAGGGGUCCCCAGCCCGAAGGCCUGGGUGCUGGCGGCCGGCGGAGCUGCACCCCGCUCCGGAGCCCUUGCUGCGGGCGGCGUCUGGGCGCGCUCUCCCUGCUCCCGCGCUCCCGCCAGCCUCCGCAGCCUCCGCCCGCACGCCGUCCCCCUCCAGCCCCGGCUCCGCCCCGCCGCAGCGCCCCGCGUCCACUGAACCUGCCGAGGCCCCGAGCGCCCGCACAGCAGCCGCUCGCUUUCCCAGCAUGUCGGCGCUCGAGUGGUACGCGCACAAGGCUCUGGGCGAUGGGAUUUUCUGGAUCCAAGAACGUUUCUACGAGUCCGGCAACCGCGCCAACAUCUGGCUCGUGCGCGGCUCCGAGCAGGACGUGGUGAUCGACACGGGCCUGGGGCUGCGCAGCCUACCGGAGUACCUGUACUCCUCUGGCCUCCUCCAGGACCGCGGCGCCAAGGAGGAGGAGGAGGACGCGGCCGGCCGGCCCCUGCUGGCCGUGGCCACCCACGUGCACUUCGACCACUCGGGCGGCCUCUACCAAUUCGACCGGGUGGCCGUGCACCACGCCGAGGCCGAGGCGCUGGCCCGCGGGGACAACUUUGAGACCGUGACCUGGCUCUCCGACAGCGAGGUGGUGCGGACGCCCAGCCCCGGCUGGAGGGCCAGGCAGUUCCGCGUGCCGGCGGUGCAGCCCACCCUCAUCCUGCAGGAUGGAGACGUGAUCAACCUUGGCGACCGGCAGCUCACUGUCAUGCACAUGCCCGGCCACUCCAGGGGAAGUAUCUGCCUCCAUGACAGAGACCGGAAGAUCCUCUUCAGCGGAGACGUGGUGUACGACGGCUCGCUGAUCGACUGGCUUCCGUACAGCCGGAUAAGCGACUACGUUGGGACCUGUGAGCGUCUGGUAGAGUUAGUGGACAGAGGUCUGGUAGAGAAAGUGCUGCCCGGGCACUUCAAUACCUUCGGUGCAGAAAGGCUUUUUCGAUUGGCCUCUAACUACAUUUCGAAAGCUGGGUUGUGUCACAAAGUUUCUACUUUUGCCAUGCGAUCUCUUGCAAGUUUAGCCCUGCGUGUCACGAAUUCCAGGAACUCGUCCUAGUAUCCAUCCUGGUCAUCUGUUUUGAUUAACUUCAUAAAUGAAUCCAACUCAUUUUGUGCCCUGUGAGAUGGUUAAUAGUGAGCAUUCCAACAAGUGCUUUUAUACCACUGUAGUAUGUUACAGGA